CCUGCCCGACGAGCCCCAGCCCCGCGCGCCAUGGAGCCCUUCGAGCUGCUCGUGCGGAGCCCCACGCAGCGGCACCCGGACCUGCGCCUCCGCGGCGAGCCCGGCUGGACCGUGCGGCAGCUCAAGGCCCGGCUGCGCCGCCUGCACCCGGAGGAGCCGCCUGAAGAGGACCAGAAGCUGAUUUAUUCUGGGAAGCUGCUGCUUGACCACCUUUAUUUGAGAGAUGUGCUGCCCAAGCAGGAGACGUUUCAUGCUCUUCAUCUGGUGUACCAGUCAAAGAAUCUGUCAAAAAUGAAAGAGACCAAUGCGAAGAUUGAUGAAACCAAUCAACAGCCAAAGACUGUUUCAGGACCUGGUCAAGAUCCUUCUGUAGUUUCUUCAAGUGAUGGCUUGAGACAAAGGGAGACUUCCUGCAACCAGCUUUCUACAGGGGAAGCCAAUACUAGGGUUGAAGCUGCCCAGCAUCCCCAUGGUGUGGCUCCUGGAUACUCUGCAUAUACCACUUACAACAUGCUACAGAUGUCCUGGUUUCAGCAGAUUUACGCAAGACAGUACUACAUGCAAUACUUGGCUGCUGUUACUGCUGAUACAUCACCUACACAAAGGUCACAAGAGAUACCAGUGGCACCAGUUGCAGCUCCAGCCCCUCUUCCAGAUGCAUUUCCUGCACAAAACCUGCCUGGAAACCAUAAUGCCCCUCCUCAGCUCAAUGCAGGGGCCAAUCAGAAUUUGCAAAUGAAUGCCCAGGGGGGUCCUCUCAUGGAAGAGGAGGAGGAGAUGAAUCGAGAUUGGUUGGACUGGCUUUAUUCGGCUACCCUGUUCUUCGUUUUUGUCAACAUUAUCUACUUCUACUCCAGCCUCAGCAGGUUCCUCAUGGUUAUGGGCGGCACAGUUUUGAUGUACCUGCACCAUGCUGGAUGGUUUCCAUUUAGACGACGGCCAGUUCACCCUCUUCCAAACAACGUUCUUCCCCAAGCUGCGAUAAACCAGGACCAAAACAAUAACUUACAGGAGGAAAAUGUAGGUGGAGAAGCUGAACCUGAGGCUGUUUCUGAUGAAGGAAGAGCUUUACCAGAAAAUCAGCAGGAGAGGCCUUCAUUUAUGAACACAGCCUGGCUUUUCUUCAAGACUUUCUUUGCAUCACUCCUGCCAGAAGGGCCUCCCGCCGUGGCCAACUAACUGAUUUUGAUAUCGACGUACUAGCCCGUCUGUAACUCCAGCAGACUACUCUUCUGUAUACCUGACUAGUCUGGACACCAACUCCAAAGUUAAAAUAAGCAUCACUGGGAUUUCCCCAUCUUAUAGCAACUAAGCAACCUAAAAACUGCAAGAAGCCUUAAACCUUUACAGCAUAUAGACUAAAAUGUACUGUGCUUUCCAUGUCUUCAUUCCAAAGAACUUCAGUGUGCUGUAUAGCCGGCAUUAAAUGAGAGGGCCUAGCAUUGUACAGCAGUGCCCUAAAUGCAUAGACAGUAAGCGGGUGUGUCGGAGAUGUAAGAGAAGCAGACUGCUUCUACCAAUGCUAUUUGAUUCCUGUUGGAAUGUUUCAAAUGCUGUUUAAAUUACACUGAGUGUAGUAUCUCAUAUAUAAAACAAGGAACUGCUGUUAAGUAUUGGCAGACUUUUCUAGGGGAGAUUUACCCUUAAAUUGCUUAAAGGAAUGCAGUGCUUAAUCUUAACAGAAAAUGAAGACUACAAAUCAUGCUUUCGCUGUAAAUUUCCUAUGGAGGACAUAAUGUGUAAUACAGUAAUUACCCACUUUGUCAGAAAGUGAAAGCUAACCACAGCCUUUGAUCAACAAGUACACCAAAUGGAUCAGCUGAGUUACAGGGUGAAUUUCAAGUUGUCAAAAUCAGGUGUCUUUUAAAACCAUUUAAAGGUUCCUUUUCUGGCUUGUAAAUCCCAAAGCUUCAUUCAUCUAGAACUUAGUUGCGCUGUGCAUCUUGUAACCGCUUCCAGGAUGCUCCAUGUAAGUAGCCUAGAGGUUCUAUAUUCAGUCCAUGCAAUUUUCUGUAAUGUUAGAAAGACCAAUGCCAAAAUCACUUUUUUUGCUGUCAACUUAAACUCAGAAGGACCUGUUACCUUGGUCAGCUAGAACUUUCCAAAUCCCAGACGUUCAUGACAAAUGGCUGCGUUCCUUUUGAGAUGUACAGAAAAGCGUCAACUAGGCUUUUGCAUCCCAGCAAGCACAAGAUUGCUCUGGAACAACUUUCACUGUACUCAUUUAUUUCUUCCUUCCUGGUGUUCCCUUGAACGUCUAAUAUUGUCAAGGGCUUUGUUUUCGAAAACAAUCAGUUGUGUGCAGACUUGACCACAAUCAGAAAAUUGCCCUGUGCAAAUAGAUGGUAUGCACCUAACUUGCUGUCUGCACACCCAGUCACUAAUUGCAUGUAUAUAUGAACAGAGCCUUUGCACAUUGUAAAACUAGAUUUACUCCUCAGUAGCCGAUAACUUGUUUCCCAACGUGCCUUGGAUAACUUUUCUUUGAACAAUCAAAAGAAGUUGAAGUUACAAUGGUCAGACAACUUGUAGCUGCUCCUAGUAGUUCUGUAGGCGUUCAGGAAGUUGGCCUAAUGUAUGAGGCUCCUUUGACAUAUGCAUGGGGUUGCAAUGCAUUGUUUUAGCUCAGGGAUAAUGUUUUAUUGCGAAGUAAACAUCUGGGGUUUUUUUUUUUUCUGGGAUGUGGUAUGAAGAUUUUUGGGAUUAACAUCUCUUGUCAAUAAUGCUACUUGUAGAUGGCAAAACUGCAUUAUAAAGCUUUAAAGCAAAUGUCUUGCCAUGCUAAUGUGCAUGAACUUGUUCUGUACAGUUGACCAUGUAAUUACUUAAUCUGAAAUUCUUAAUCCUGUUCUUUCCACAUAUUACACCUACCCAUUAAACAUGGUUUAAUGUUUCAGUAUUUUA